GCUCCCAUCUUCUUCAAGCGCGUUAGGCCAGCCGGCGGCGCUUUGAAGUCGGCACGUUGGUGUCGCGGCUGUUGAUCCUGUGGGGUGCCUCUGCGGGAUCGGAACCAUAAAGGAAAAUUUUCAGAGAGCAACAAUGGCUGAAAAUGGUGAUAGUGAAAAAAUGGCUGCACUGGAGGCCAAAAUCUGUCAUCAAAUUGAGUAUUAUUUUGGUGACUUUAAUUUGCCACGGGACAAAUUUUUAAAGGAACAGAUCAAACUGGAUGAAGGCUGGGUACCUUUGGAGAUAAUGAUAAAAUUCAACAGGCUAAACCGUUUAACAACAGACUUUAAUGUAAUAGUAGAAGCACUGAGCAAGUCAAAGGUAGAACUCAUGGAAAUAAGUGAAGAUAAAACUAAAAUCAGAAGAUCUCCAAGCAAACCCCUCCCUGAAGUGACUGAUGAGUAUAAAAAUGAUGUAAAAAACAGAUCGGUUUAUAUCAAAGGCUUCCCAACUGAUGCAACCCUUGAUGACAUAAAAGAAUGGUUAGAAGACAAAGGUCAAGUACUAAAUAUCCUGAUGAGAAGAACACUGCACAAAGCAUUUAAGGGGUCAAUAUUUGUUGUGUUUGAUAGCAUUGAAUCUGCUAAGAAGUUUGUAGAGACCCCUGGCCAGAAGUACAAAGACACAGACCUGCUAAUACUUUUCAAGGAAGAUUACUUUGCAAAAAAGAAUGAAGAAAGAAAGCAAAAUAAACUAGAAGCUAAAUUACGAGCUAAACAAGAGCAAGAAGAAAAACAGAAGUUAGCAGAAGACGCUGAAAUGAAAUCUCUAGAAGAAAAAAUGGGCUGCUUGCUGAAAUUUUCAGGUGACUUAGAUGAUCAGACCUGUAGAGAAGAUUUGCAGGACCUUUUCUCAAGUCACGGAGAAAUAAAAUGGAUAGACUUUGUCAGAGGAGCAAAAGAGGGAGUAAUCCUAUUUAAAGAAAAAGCUAAAGAAGCACUGGAUAAAGCCAAAGAUGCAAGUAAUGGUAACCUGCAAUUAAGGAACAAAGAAGUGACGUGGGAAGUACUAGAAGGAGAGGUAGAAAAAGCAGCAUUGAAAAAAAUCUUGGAAGAUCAACAAGAAUCCCUGAACAAAUGGAAGUCAAAAGGUCGCAAAUUUAAAGGAAAAGGAAAGGGAAAUAAAGUUGCCCAGGCUGGGUCUGCUAAAGGAAAAGUACAAUUUCAGGGCAAAAAAACUAAAUUUGAUAGUGAUGAUGAAUGUGAUGAAAAUGGUGCGGCUGGAUCAGUGAAAAGAGCAAGAGAAGAAGCAGACAGAGAAGAAGAACCUGCAUCAAAACAACAGAAAACAGAAAAUGGUUCUGGAGACCAGUAAUUUAGUUAAAAAAAAAAAAAGUUUUAAAAUUCAUUUUAAUUAGGUUUUAACCUACUUUUGUCUUUGGAGAGUUUUAAAAAGAAAAUCGAAUUAGGUCCACUUCAAUGUCCACCUGUAAGAAAGGAAAAUUUUGUUGUUUAACUUGUCUUUUUUUGUUAUGUUAUCCAGUGAGGUUUUUUUUUUAAAUGUAUAGCUCUAUCAGAUGUUUCAAAUAUCAAAAGGAAGGUUCUUCCACUAAAUUACCUUUUUAAUAUGUAAAUGUAUUAGUAUAAACAAAUAAAAUCUAUGCUAUAUUAAAAAAGCAAAAACUUAUUUUUUUCCUUCGUUUUUGUGCCCAGAGCAUUUGAGAAAGGACUUGUUAUCUUAAUCCAGAUUAUCAGCUGUUGGAUUAUGAUUACGAGCCCAUUUCACAGUUAAUUAUUCCAUUUCCUAGGCUGGCUCUGUUCACCCAGAAAACCGGAAACCGAAGAAAUAAUUACUUAUUGAAAAGCUUUUCACACUGAAUGUAGUUAGGCCAGAAUCAAGAGACUUACUGAUUUCUUUUUAUGAAAUUUGUAUGAUGCUGGCAGGUCAUAUCUCAGCUCUGUAAAACAAAAGACACCUAAGGGUAAAAAUUAUAUUUUCAAACGUAUAUCAACCUGACUUAAAAAACUAAGAAAGUACUAAGUGCUUAUAAGCCAAACAUUUCAGACCUGCCACUUUUAACUCAUCCAAGAUUAAGCAUGGCAAACUGAGCUUGGUAUUUCUACGAUUUUGGCUAUUUAUACUGAAAUUAGAGAUUAUGGGGAGUUUAGAAGGAUAACAAAUGGACAUGAACGUAUAUUCUAUGAAAAUGACAGUACCUUUCUAUUUUUAGUUAACUAGUCAUCUAUUCUAACAAUGUCAUAAUAGCCAUGCUUACUUCAAAAUAUUUUCAUCCUGAUUUUAGUAAUGGUAGAAAGUAGCUAAUUACCUACUAAGCUCUCAAAUGAGAACUCAUUUUUCAUGUUCUUUCUAAAGAAUAAUGUUAAGUUCUGAAAACUCUUCAAACUAAUAAAUUCUGGAGGGAGGGCAAUAAGUCUACCUAUCCUUUACUUUUUGCAACAUAAAUUCUAACUUUCUAGAUCACAGCUUCUCAAAUUUUAACGUGCAAUCAAAUCACUUGGGGAUCUUGUUGAAAUGCAGAUUAUAAAUCAGUAGGUCUGGGUGGAGCCUGAAAUUACUCAUUUCUAACAUACUCUCAAGGACUAUGAAUGCUGAUGGUCUGAGGACUGCACUUAGAGUAGCAAGGCUCUGGCUAGAUAUACUAUUCAGACUGUUCUAAUUGCUUCAUAUCACAUAUUGUAAUACCUUAAAUGAGGUAAGGAAUGAGCAAUACUGAAUAUAAUAAUCAGCAGGCCUGUUACACUAUUGUUACAAACAGUAAUAUAUCUAGUUAUAUGUUUAACAUAGUGUCCGUUGACCGUCAUGUAAAAACAUUUUCCCCUAUUCUCUUAUUUCAGGCUUUUCAAAAUUUGGAUUAUAGUUAGUGUCUGGUAUGUUUUUCCCAAUUUGAUGUUUGUGAAUAUUAUCCAGUUUACUAAUAAAAAUGUAUCAAACAGGAUUCAUUGUGUGAUUGUUUA